AUGUCAGAAAAAAUAACAUUUGCCGUUACCACCUCAUAUCAGAAAAAGGGAGUUCAAGCAGGUUAUAAACUGUUUCAAUUAGAAAAUAAUGCAUUGACAAUCAGAAAAGUGAAUCAUUAUGCAAAUACUGAAGAUAAUAAUACAACAGUCAAAACAUUUUGUUACCUAAGACCAAGAAAUAGGCCUAUUACCCCCGAACAUUUACAAGAUAGGACUUCUACCGUAGACUGUUCUGAUUAUAUGCUCAUUGGAAAAUCAGAUGGAUAUAUUGAUGUGAUACAAGAUUAUCAAUAUAAAAUUGAAAAUGAAAUCACUUUAGAACCUAAGUUUGUCUUAGCUUGUAUCCCCUAUAUUCAUGAAGAAGAUCCACGUCCCGACUAUAUGAUUUUCGAUUUACAAUUCAAGAACAAACUACUGUAUUCGGUCACUUCCCCGGGGGAAGUUUCUAUUUUUAUCCUUAACCUACCAGAUGAUUAUAUUCAAGUGCAGAAUAGUCAACCUUUCCAAGAAAUUGGGAAAUUUACCGACAUGGAUGAAAGGGAUGAGGCAUCAUAUCGAAAUGAAGAAGCGCUAUUUUUCAAUGCCAUUGAUUAUACUGAACGAUCUCCCUCAACCCAUAUAUGCAGUUUUUUAUUAUCUUGGAACUAUUCGGAACCAAAUAAAAUACGUGUUCCAGAAACAAUAUCCAAGGGGACCUUGCCUCUUCAGAGAUGGAAAAAUACUCCAGGCUGCCGAGUUAUAUAUUAUACCUCCAUUCAUAUUUUCUUGGAACAGAAUAUUUCUUCCUUUCAAAUCAACCCAUUGGAUAGACUAAGCUUCUUUUCCGUUUCACCUAGGUCAUCUAUUACACUGAGAAGAAUAAUACUGCCGACUUCGUACGUGCAAUUUCUGGAAAGAAUAAGGGCAAUAAAAGAGCAUUUAAGGUCUUCAACAAAAGAGGAAGAACCCAUUGAAAUUAUUCAAUGGGAUAGGUUAGCAAAUCAGUUUGGUCAUGAUUCCUUCCAUGAUUGGAUUCUGGCUUCAUUUGAGGAUGAGCAGAAUCAUCAGCAAAUGCUCUUUUCAGUUUUUUUGGGUGGAAGAGGAACUCUUUCCGCAAAGACAGCUAUUGUAUGGAAAGAAAAACUAGGGAGUAUGGAGGAUGAUUUAUAUCGUUUUUUCUCUCGUGGUGGUAAUGAUUUGCUUAAUUCUAUUGAUGUUGAUCUUGACACUUUAGAUUUUAGCAGCAUGACAGCUGAUACACUGGAAAUGGAUCCUAGGCCUUUGAGUCGAAGGAGGCGAUUGGUGAGAAGAGCUAGAAACUUUAAUUUUGAUACCCUCAGCUCAACCACUCUAGACGAUUGGAAUUAUGCCACUUUUCUAAGAGACAUCCGAAAAAAUGUUUUCACAGUAGACUUCAAGAUUGCUCACAGGAGGGAAGAGACUCUUAAAAAUACGUUGGAAAAAAGAAGUUAUUUAAGUAGAAUUCACCCCACAACAACUUUCUUGACUGACAACUACGAAGAAUUGGAACUUAUAAGCAUAGAUCAUUAUCAAAAACUGUCUAUGUUUAGACCAAAGUUUUCAGAUGCUCCAGUAUCUAGGUUCAAUUACUCUGGUGAAGACACCAAAUUAAGCACAAUACAUCCCCCCGAUUUAUUGACCACUAAUAUUGAUACUCUUUCAUUUAAAAGGGCUAUUAUGAAUCUAAAAGUAUUUCAAAAACUAUUCAUUAUUUCUGACACUUUAUGCAUGGUUAUAACAAGUGGUGGGGUUUUGCUCUUAGACAGACAUGACUUUAACGAUAAAAAGCAUUUAGUUGGGAAGGAUAACAAUUAUCGCUCUGUCAAAAUUGCACUGUAUAAAAUUGGGUUUAUUAAUGAUGGUCUAGUGUUGGUUAGUUAUUUUCAACAGAAUUUAUUAGCAAAUGAUUACAUACUCAUAUUCACACUUGUUAUCACGACUAUUACUAAUGAUAUUAUUGUACUGAAGGGAUCAUUUGGUUUAGGGAAGAGAAUAGGAACAAUUAAAGUCUGUGAUAGGUUAUUAGUCAAGAAACAAAACUUACACAUCGAUAAACUACAGAUAAUUGAUUAUCAAUUAUCCGAAAAAGAUUCUUUGCAGAAUAAAAGAAAAGGAUCAUUUUCUGACGAUGAAAUUGAGAAAAGAUUAUGCUUAUGA